AUGAUUGAACAUUGUGGAGGUGUAAAUUACGCUGGUUGGAAUCACGCUAAUAAUCGAGUUUUUUGGAGACUUAAAAGAGGUGAAAAUUUCUCUCCAAGAAUGAAAUGGUUGAACGUUGUGGAGGUACCUUCAUAUUCCGAAACUAUGACCGAUGGU